AAAUCAUUAGCCAGAACUCGAAUGAGUUGGGGAUAAUUUGAAGUAUAAAUAUGAUCAAUUCGAUAGUACUUAUCAUCACAUUCUAUAGUGACAAACAAACUUCAACACCUAACACAAAAUGUUCAAAUUGGUCAUCGUUGCUGUCGCCCUAUGCUCUUACGGAGUGUUGGCUGCGCCCAAUCCUGAAGCAAAAGCAGAAGCCAAACCCGGCGUGUUAGCGGCAGCUCCACUUGUUGCAGCAGCACCAGCAGUGGCACCCGCUAUCGUGACAGCUCAAAGUUCUCAAGCCAUUAUCAGUAAUUACAAUGCUUUAGCAGCAUCACCUUACGUUGCAUCUCCCUACGUUGCAUCUCCCUACGUUGCAUCUCCUUACGUUGCAUCUCCCUACGUUGCAUCUCCCUACAUAGCAUCCCCCUAUGCAUCACCAUAUUUUACCGCUCCCUACCUGAUUUAAUUAUGCUCGAAAUAAAAUGAUAUACGUAAAAUAUAUAGAUUUUCAUUCAAUUAUAUCUUUAGGUACUCGUAAGAUAGUUGACAUAGUAUAAGAGUAAGUUGUUGGAGUCCUCUCAAAAAGAAAUCUGGUCGAUAGAGUAGAUAAAAAUUGAUAACUGCCUUCCAAAGACAAGAGGACAAAGAUAACUUAAUCAAGGCGAAAUAAACAGGCAAUCUUUGUUAGAAG